CAUUUGUAUACUGCCAUGGACAGUCUGUGAGGGAUUACCCCCGAGUUAAGUCCACAUAAGAAUCACAAUACUAUAUCUUUGUAUAUUUGCUCCACUAACUUGAACUACCCAUCCCCUUUAGAAAUAUUGCCAAUGCCGUCCAUGCUGCUCUGUCGAUCUUAGAUGUUUGAUUUGCUUUUCAUUUCAUUUCGAACUUUGAGUCCGUGGGAACCAGUUGGCAAUAGAUGAUCUCUACGACGGGGAAUACCUUCGAUCGCUUUCCGCGCACAGCUACCAUUUCACUACUGGAAGCCAAACGAUUAGGACUUGUUGCACUUGUGUCUUCUGUCUUAUCAGGGCAACCCGAUAAAGUUGAGCGGUGGACAAAAGAAAUGAUUAUGCCAUAUGUGAAAACACAUAUUUAGGGUAGUCGGAGUCCACGGAGAGAUCGUCCAAUUGGCUCAAAGUGCGCACCGCCAGCGUUUAAAGUGCAGACCACCGGGCUAAUCAUUCAUUUAUGGACAAACUUUAUGGACGACAUUUCGAUAAAAUAAUAUACAAGCGCUUCUAUUGAAUUCCAUGGCCAACAACUACAACGGCGACCUGUAAUAAUAUACUACAUAAUUAAACACGGCGUAAUCUUAUCGACGCUCGUUCGGACUCCGUUGGCAUUGCCUUCUAUUUUCCUGCGGUAGCGGAAGUCUUGAUCGCCAGUUGGCCAAACAACAGCAGUCCGAGCGAAAGCGGAGGACCAUCAUCAUGCGAUCCAGAGAUCCUAUAUCCCAAAUGAAAGACGCCACUUUUGCGGACGACGAUCUGGAUAACUAUGGCGUUUGCCUCGAGGAUUUGCAGCUGUUUGCCCAACUGGAGGAUCUCUCCGGAGAAAGAUUGCCAAUGGAGAUGGAGCUGCUGAAUCCGGGCUCGGAAUACGAUCUAUUGGAACUUGUAAAUGGGGCUCUCCAGCAGCGAAACACCACGGAACAUGAGCCACCAGACAUGUGUAAGCCCAAGCGGACACCAACCACUAAACGCCACCGAAGAGCUGGCAAGGAUCACACCUGCGACGUGUGCGGCAGAAGCUUCUCGGAAGCCUACAAUCUGCGCAUCCACAAGAUGACCCACACGGACGAGAAGCCGCAUGUGUGCGAGGAGUGCGGCAAGGGAUUCCGGCAACUGAACAAGCUACGCAUCCAUGCAGUGACCCACACGGCGGAGCGGCCACACAAAUGCGAUAUCUGCGGCAAGGGUUUCCGGUAUGCCAACUAUCUAACUGUCCAUCGGCGCUUGCAUACGGGAGAGAAACCAUAUCCGUGUUUGUCCUCGGACUGUCAUCUCUCCUUUCACUCCAUCCACGCGCGGCGCAUACACACAAAGCUAAGGCAUGCGGCGCCAACGGAUACGGAUCCCGAACAUCCGCUGGCGGAGCAGGAGCAACGGGAUACAUCCGCGCUCAGCUUCACCUGCCCGGUUUGCAGCCGGGUCCUAACGGAUCAGUGCUAUCUAAGCAUCCACCUGAAGCGGCACUACAACCAGCGCGACUUCCCAUGCCCACAGCCGGAGUGCGGCAAGAGAUUCUUCAGUGCCUCGGAGCUGAAGCACCACCAGAUCGCCCACACUCAUCAGCGACCCUUCGCCUGUCCACUCUGUCCAGCUCGAUUUCUGCGCAAAUCCAAUCAUAAACAGCACCUCAAGGUGCACGAGCGUUGACAGCUCGAGAGCACUUUGAUUAUUUUAGUAUACGGUACGAUUUCCCUGUCCAUUCGAAUCGAAUUCCAGGCGAAUCCGAGACUCGCCCCACCCUAAGCUGCUCCAGAAGGGGCUUGGGCUGCGCUUUCCAUUCAAUAUAAGUGUUUAUUUAUAUAUACGAUUCUGUUUGUCUUUAUCUGCAUGCUUGCAUAUUAGAUAUAUGUAUAUAUUUGUAUUUAUACUUUAUAAAGUUACGGGUACGGGGUUGCUGGUUCUCUGUGGUUGUGUCCUCGGAGGACUGUUGACUGUUGCUGCAUGUUCGCCUGCAUUGCUUUGUUUCGUUAGGCAUAACUUAAGGAUUACAUUACAUUAUUUGCGGGCUUAGCCGGAAAUACGAAAACAAUUGAUUGAUUAAAAACAGUGAUUAGAGCCAAUUAACAAAACACAAUCUCGUUCGCGGUCGUUUAUUCGAUUGAUUGCCAAUCAGGACUAAGUGUCUUAGCACAAAACUACGCACGUGAGAAACUUAAAAGCAACAAAGGGGGCAAACAAUAGACAAAACUUAAAUUAAAGUUUCGCCGGAACCAGAGGACAAGUGCGCUAGGCAGCACUGUGCCCGCCGCGCACCAUUCACUGCCCAACACUGGCCAGGCGGUACAGUUAUUUUUGGUCGUAACAGCGAAGCGAUGGACAAAAAACAAAAGAAUUAUAAGAAUCAGCAAAUAUUGACGUAAAAACAAUUUGAACUCGAACUUAAACUUGGAUUUGGGCUCUUUAAACGUUAAGAUAAGCUAGCGAAUUUCGUUACAUAUAUAGACUUAAGAUCUAGACCCAAGAAAAACGUGCACUUGCCAAGCAAAAUCCGGCCAGCACCGGCAAACCAUAUUGCAUAUUGGUUGGUUACGCUGUCGUUUGAAAUACGAGGCUGUAAAAGAAUCAAGAAUCUCUCAUUUGGUACACAAUAAAUGCAGUUCUGAACAAAAUGGCACCUUGGAUGGGCCAGACCUGGCUUGCGGCAUUCAAAUUUUGUUGGGCAAGUGCUUUACACAUAGGAUAUAUGAUCGCAUUUUACGGAUAUUACGACUAACAAGAGCUGACUGCGCUUUAAGAGUUUACGAAUUUUUUAACACACACGUACUAAGCGAAAAUCGAAACGUUUAACAACCAUCAUCAAACGGAUAUAUCUAUAAUCCCAUACUCGAUCAAGUGGAGGUCCUGCGUGAAUAAUUUCAUUACAUUUGGUCUUAUGUACAUUUGCAAUGUAUGGUAGUGUGUCUGUGUGUGUAAGCUUCAAGCUUGAUAAAUCCCAGUUCCUGUUUUGCUCAUUCAUUUUUGUUCCAAAUCACCAAUAUAAUUGUUUUGCUUCUUUCUCAAAGAAUUUUGACUUUCUCGCUUCUAGCGCUACCAACUUUACGCACACAGAUUCGGGGUAUCUUUUGGUUUUGUGUGUUCCUGGUCGGUUCCAUUUCGGUUAUUUCCUCAUGUGCUUUUGGUUUUUUUUUUUAUGUAUGUAAAAUGUUUAAAAAAAUUGUUGCUUCUUAUCGAAAACUGUAACUCUCUCCACGUUUCCACCUACACAAUAUAUAGUCCUAAACUUGUAACGCCAAAUACAUGUUCUCUCUCAUAUAUGCUUGUAAAGAUAUAUAUCCCACAUGUAAGUGUGUGCUCUUUGUAUAUAGAUAUAUCUGCAUCUGGUUUGCAUCUACCAUUUGUUUUUCAAUUACUCAUUUAUGUACUCGUAUAUAAUUUGCCUGAACUUAUUUCAUAUGUGCUCUCAGAAUUUUUCUUGGUUUUCUCUUUGAAACCAAUUCCGAUUCUCAUUUUGAUCUCCCGCAGAGCUGCUGACCAGUAACACUGAUGAAUCCGGGCCAUAAUCAACAUGAACAGAGAUGUAUAUAGUAUUUUUGGAUACGAAAGUUCUUGGUACAUCAAGGAUUCAAGUAUUGUUGUGCCUCAGCUUCUUCUCGCCUUCGAUUUGUACAGCUUUUGGCAAUUGAAAUGUACUUUUUCUAGAGCUAGUGACAAAAUUGAAUUUUAUACCCUGGCAGAGGGUAUUAAAACUACAUCACUUGCCUAAGUGAUCAGCGAAUUUAAAUGAAAGCCGAACAGAAGCACAUUGAUUGCAUACCAAUUUCAUCUAGAUUUUACGGACUGGUUAAUCUAAACCAUUUUAAUAACCAUUGAAAUUUCUCUCGAAAUUCUUGAGAAUAGUAUCCAUUCUUCGUCAGUGUUACUUGUCAGAGCCGUACUGGGAUCUCUGGGGCUUCUUUCUU